UCUGACACUAAAUCGUAACAAUUCAUUAAAACAAAAAUGUGUUUUUUGUUGUUAUGCAUAAGGUUAGCAGUGGGGUUAAGGUUAGAUUUAAAUGCAAAAUUUAAGAAGAUAUUUUUGAAAUGGGCGGGGUUUAAUACUUUGUGGCUGUGUUAACUAGUUAUAACCCAAUUUGUGGGGGAAAGCCGAGAAAACGAUGACAAAUUGUUACACAAGUUGUUAAAACACAAAACUUUUAAUAACAAACUUUUAAAUCAAUUCAAACAACAUUUUAACAUUUCCAAAUACAAAAAUGCGAAUACAACACCGGAACCUCACGUGCAGAUAUUCUAAGAGCAGAUAGCGCCACAUGGAGGCUGUUCUGAAGAACUUGGAGAGGACCUGGGAGCUACUCGCCUUGAUGCAGACCGAGUAAUGGGACAAUCCCAGGACAGAGCCUUCCAAUGGACUCAGUACGAACACCUCCACGCAAACAUCGUGGAGAUCUUGGAAAAACAACUACAGGCAACCAACGAAAGCUUCGAACAAUUGUUCAAGGAUACAACGGAUAUCACGUUCUCUGACCUGUAGCAGUGUCAACUCUUGCUGCUCGUUGGAUUUCAAAAGAACGCCUCGGUCCCAAACUGUUUGAACUUCUAGUUUCAGAACGGUUGGAGCGAAAUCGAAGGAUGCCACAAGUCAUUGUACUGAGCUCAUUGAAAUCAAAUCAAGUCUUGAGUGCCAUUCAUUUGAAACGCAGUACAUCAGUUCCUAGUCCUUACGCUGCGAACACACCGACUGUGUCAUUGCGUUUCGAUACACCAGAAGUACAUUCAUUUCCAAUGGAACGCUGCAUUUGCCUUCAGCAAUGCGUUGCAGAGACAGUUUACUGCAUUCUGUGUGGUGCAUACGUUCGAUUUAUCGAACAUAUUCAUCAAAUUGUAUGUGUAGACUUGACAGAAAAUAGCAAAAUUUGAAUGUAGAUUUUUUUUUUGCACACAUAUUCAGUAAAAAUGUGGGAUUACAUAAAAAGUUUGAUUGCAUACUUUCUUCACAUUUUUUUAUUAAUUAAUUUGCCAAGUAUAUUAUUUAUUCGAUGACAUCCACAAAUGAAUUGUGAUAGCCUAUAGUAUAAUGCAGUUUUUGAGCGAAAUGCAAUAAUAAAUAGUCAAGAUAGCAGAGUAGGCUCUUUCAACAAUGAGACCAACGUUGAGGAAGGUGGUCUUGAUCGCGCUGUUGGGCCGGGACCAGCCCCGCCAAAAGCGCAGGUCUGUGUAGGUCCAGAGAUGGUUAAAGUCCCGAAAGCAGGCAGGGGAGUUCCACCGUCUCAUUCAAGAGCUUCGACUGCUUGGAGAGGAAUUCCGAAGUUACUUUCGUCUGGACCGAAGCCAGUUCGAUCACCUGCUCCAGAUGGUUGGAGCCAGGAUCACCCGGAUGGAUACCAACUACCGGGAGUCCAUCAGCCCAGUUGAACGCCUGGCGAUUUGUCUCCGAUUUUUGGCGACAGGGGACUCCUACAGGACCAUAGGAUUCAGCUUCCGAGUUGGACGGUCCACGGUGGCAGGCAUUGUCCCUUCUGUGGCACAAGUCAUUUGGGACUGUCUGGUUGGUGAAUACAUGCCUGUCCCCAAGGAGGAAGCCAUCGCUGCCGAGAUCCUGGAGAGGUGGAAUUUCCCCAACUGUCUUGGCUCCAUUGACGGGAAACAUGUAGUAAUCCUGGCUCCACCUUGCUCAGGUUCGCAAUUCUACAACUACAAGGGUACAUAUUCAGUUGUACUCUUGGCUGUAGUAGAUGCCAUCUACUGUUUCCGUGUUGUCGAUGUUGGUGCUUACGACAAGGGAGGUGAUGGUGUGACCCUCCGGGACUCUGCCUUCGGCCAGGCACUUCAGGAUGGCACCCUGGAGAUUCCACCACCUGCAUCACUCCCUGGAGCUGAAGACCUGGGACCUGUUCCCCACGUCUUCGACGGCGACGAGGCCUUCCCUUUAAGACCCAACCUCACGAGGCCUUCCCUUUAAGACCCAACCUCACGAGGCCUUCCCUUUAAGACCCAACCUCACGAGGCCUUCCCUUUAAGACCCAACCUCACGAGGCCUUCCCUUUAAGACCCAACCUCACGAGGCCUUCCCUUUAAGACCCAACCUCACGAGGCCUUCCCUUUAAGACCCAACCUCACGAGGCCUUCCCUUUAAGACCCAACCUCAUGAGGCCCUACGCUGGAUGCCAGCUGCCAUUGCCAAAGCCUGUAAGGAUCUUCAACAAACGACUGUCCAGGGCAAGGUUAGUUGUUGAAUGCGCUUUUGGGAUUUUGGAAGCCCGAUGGAGAAUGUAUUGGAGAGUGCUUGGUCUCAGCCCCUCAAACGUUGAUGCCUGGGUGAAUGCCACAUGUGUUCUCCACAACUACCUGCGGAGGUCAUUCCAGUGUUCUCCACAACUACCUGCGGAGGUCAUUCCAGUGUUCUCCACAACUUCCUGCGGAGGUCAUUCCAGUGUUCUCCACAACUUCCUGCGGAGGUCAUUCCAGUGUUCUCCACAACUACCUGCGGAGGUCAUUCCAGGAGCCGCUCCGGAUGGAGAUGGGCACGCCAAAUGGUCACCAACCUGAUGUCACCGGGUGCCAACAACGCCCCCAGACAGGCACUCCAGGUGAGGGAGAAGGUGACCACCUACUUCUCGUCGCCAGCAGGUGAAGUCCCAUGGCAGUAUGCUGUGGAGUGAAACGGCUCUUUUAAGAUUAUUUUUAAUUUUUUUUCUCCCCCAGAUUACUUUAUGUAUCAUUGUCUCUCUUCAUUUGGAAGUUAUAUUUAAGUGACAUUUGGGAGUAAAGACCACACCUUAACCCCUUCCCUCUCCCAUUAACGUCAGUAUUAUACACACCUGGCAUGGUGCACCAGGUGAGCGGGAGCACUAAUUAAGGUUAUACGACAGUUAAUAUGAUAACACAGGGUAACCUAGGGUCCAUACAAAUAGUACAGUUUACCAUCAUGUUCACUGGCCUGACAAAAUACAGGUGGAGAGAGAACUAAUUAGGAAGAGAAUGUGUUUUUACUUUCAUCUCGUCUGCAAAAGGUAUAGGAAAGAAAUAAGCAGAUUCAGUCUAAAUGAGAUAUUAAUGAACAACUGAAACUACUGACUAUGAAAACAUAAUUUCAUAAAUAUUCAAAUACAGGAAAGAACAUGACAGGUAUGUGUGUUGUAAAAAUAAAAAAAAUAAAAAAAUUAAACCAUUGAAAGAGAUGUGUGUGUAAAAAUAAAAAAAAAUAAUGUGUAGCAUGUAAUCUGUAAGAGAACAACAAGAGCAUGUAAUUUUGGCACAACUGCAGACAGAUACAGGGACAACUCAUAAAGACUAGACGUAAUAGGGGAACUUCAGACAUGGCCAUAAAGAGAGAGAGAGUGCAGGGCACUGGAGAGCUGAGGGACAGA